AUGGCACCCCUCCCCUCCACCACGCAAUCCCUCACCACCCGCCUAAGCGCCCUCUCCGAAGCGAACAAAGGUGUCGGCCAGCUCAUCCAACGUUUAGCCAAGUUAGACUUCCAGCCAGGCUCGCAACCACUCGACAAUUCCGAAGAAGGCGACGUUCGGUUGGAACUUAGUGCCGAGAUACAUGAGACCUUGAAGGGGAUUGAAGAGGAACUUGAACUUCUGAGGCAAGAGGUCGAGGACGUUACGUCACAAGGUGGCAUUACUGGGCGAAGGAGGGAUAGUAGCAAGGACAGCGAGAGAAGCAGACUUGCUGUACUACUGGCAAGGUUGACAGAGGAUUUGAGGUCAUCGCGAUCGCAAUACCGGAAAGCACAACUCACAGCCAAGCACAACGCCGACCGCGCAAAGCUCAAGGAACGCGAACUCCUCUUCUCCAACCUGCAAUCAGGCUCCUCGACUCCAUCCUCUACGUACCGCCAACGAAAGCAACAGCAGGGGCUAUCAGAAGGCGAAGUUGUCGCUCAGGCAUCUUCAGACGUCACAUCUGCUCUGCGCCGAACAGCGCAGUUGAUGAAAGACGAGCUAUCGCGCUCUCGAUUCGCACAAGAAACGCUCGAACAGACCAACGCUGCCCUACAGGAUCUUGGGGAGCAGUACUCGGAUCUAAACACAUUACUAGCCAACAGCAAGAACUUGGUUUCGACACUACUGAAGAGCACAAAAAGUGACACGUGGUAUCUUGAGACUACAUUCUACAUCCUCCUAACCACAAUCAUCUGGCUCGUCUUCCGUCGCUGGUUAUACGGCCCACUCACCUGGUUCCUCAUCUGGCCGAUCAAGCUUACCUUUCGCAUCCUUUUCGCUGUCCUGCCUUUCGGCGCCGCAUCUUCAGCCGCAUCAUCGAGCGUCGCAGUUUCCUCGUCCUCCAGAUCUCUUAUUGUCCAACCUAGCGCAACAGGUGGCAUACCCCGACGCGAGCCCAACGCCCAACCACACUACGUCCCUGUCGGUCGUGGAGGCGGAGUAAACAGGCAAGGUCAGGAUCCUAGUCCGCAAGGCUCUUACUCGCAACAAGUAGGCCAAAUGGCGGAACAAAAUCAGCAGCAGCAGCAGCAGCAGCAGGAAGAGGUGCCUGAUCACCCACAGUUCAGGCAACAGAAGAAGGAUGAAGAUGAGGGACCCGUCACACUGGGCGACGGAACUGUACUGAAGGAGAGCGAUAAGCCGAGGAAUCCCAAGAAGAAGAUGUGGGAAGAGGAUGUGGAGAGCGCGAAGCGUCAUGAGGCGCAGACUCAGGAGACACAAGCGCAGCAAGAAGGAAGUGGACAGAGAAGAAAGAGAGACGAGCUGUAA